AUGUCGUCCUCGCAGGCUCCAGAGGACCAGCAGGGCGGCGGCGAUCCCCCCGGGGACCUCCGCAGCGUCCUGGUUACCAGCGUGCUCAACCUCGAGCCGCUAGACGAGGAUCUGUUCAGAGGAAGGCAUUACUGGGUACCCACAACCCAGCGGCUGUUUGGGGGUCAGAUCGUGGGCCAGGCCUUGGUGGCUGCAGCCAAGUCUGUGAGUGAAGACGUCCAUGUGCACUCUUUGCAUUGCUACUUUGUAAGGACAGGGGACCCAAAGGUGCCGGUACUGUACCAGGUGGAGCGGACGCGAACAGGGACCAGCUUCUCUGUGCGCUCCGUGAAGGCCGUGCAGCGUGGCCAGCCCAUCUUUAUCUGCCAGGCCUCCUUCCAGCAGGCACAGCCCAGCCCCCUGCAGCACCAGUUCUCCAUGCCCGCUGUGCCCCCACCGGAAGAGCUGCUUGACCAUGAGGCCCUCAUUGACCAGUAUUUAAGGGACCCCAACCUCCAAGAGAUGUACCGGGUAGGACUGAACCGAAUUGCUGCCAAGGAGGUGCCCAUUGAGAUCAAGCUGGUAAACCCACCGAUCCUGAGCCAGCUGCAGAGCAAGGAGCCCAAACAGAUGUUCUGGGUGCGAGCCCGGGGCCAUAUUGGGGAGGGCGACAUGAAGAUGCAUUGCUGUGUGGCUGCCUACAUCUCGGACUAUGCCUUCCUGGGCACAGCACUGCUGCCCCACCAGUGGCAGUGUAACGUGCACUUCAUGGUCUCUUUGGACCACUCCAUGUGGUUCCACAACCCCUUCCGAGCUGACCACUGGAUGCUCUAUGAAUGCGAGAGCCCCUGGGCUGGUGGCUCCCGGGGGCUGGUCCAAGGGCGGCUGUGGCGUCGUGACGGCAUCCUGGCUGUGUCCUGUGCUCAAGAGGGCGUGAUCCGAGUGAAGUCCCGGGUCUCAGAGAGCAAGCUGUAGCCAGAGGUACCAGCUUGGCCUGGGGCUUCUCCCCCAAUUCCUGAGGCAGGAAUUACAGUCAAGGGCUGGGCCUUCUGUCCCCAAACCCAAUAAAGAGACUAAUGCCACUGGA